AUGGACCGGAAACUUCAUGAGGCAUGUCUACGAGGCGACGUUUCUGCCUUCCUCGAUCUGAUUAAAGAAGAUGAAGAACUCAUUAAGCACACCUUUCAAACAUUCAAUUCUGUCUUAAACAUAGCUGCAAAGUUUGGGCAUCUUGACUUGGCUACUGAGAUCGUCAAACUUCAACCGGAGAUGGUGUUGAGGGUGAACGAGAAGAUGGAAACUCCAUUGCACGAAGCAUGUAGAGAAGGGCAUGUGGAGGUGAUAGAGUUGUUGUUUAGAACUGACCCUCGAGUUGUUUAUAAGCUUAAUCUUCACAACGAGAGUGUUCUCUUUGUGGCCUGUUGUCGUGGGCAGUUCCAUGUAGUUGAGUUGCUAUUGCCUCACCAUUUAUGGCUGCUCAUGUUGGAGGAUGACAAACUCACUACUUCCCUUCAUGUCGCUGCCUCUGGAGGCCAUUUAGAGAUUGUUAAGGAAAUAGUGAAAGGACGCCCAGACUUUGCAUGGAGAAAGGACAGUCAUGGAUGCUCUCCCUUGCAUUUUGCUUGUAGCAAAGGACACUUAGAGAUAACGAGAGAGCUUCUAAGGUUAGACCCAGACCUGUGUUCCUUACAAGACAACGAUGGUAAGACACCGCUUCAUUCGGCGGCAAUCAAAGGAAGGGUCAACAUCCUCGACGAGAUCCUCUCCACAAGCCUCUCUUCCGCCGAGAUAGUAACCUUACAAGGAGAGACGGUUCUACAUCUCGCCGUCAAGAACAAUCAAUACGAAGCCGUUAGGUACUUGAUGGAUACGUUCAACAUCACCAACCUCCUAAACUUACCCGACAAAGACGGCAACACCAUCUUGCAUCUCGCAACCGCCGGAAAACUCACGGCGAUGGUUACAUGCCUAGUCAACAAGGCAAAUCUCGACAUCAACGCUUUGAAUCGGAAAGGUUUCACGGCACUUGACGUUGUGGAAGCCAGUGGUAGCAGCUCCGGUGCUCUCCAGAUUGUACCCACAUUAAAGGAUGCCGGCGGUAAAAGAUCCGACCAAUUGCCACCGUGUUCACCAAAUAACAAUCAUGAAAUAUCAAUAUUAGAUGAAAGAAGAGGUCCUCCUUCUUCAUGGCCAACCACAACCAUGGCUAUGGGUUCUCCUACCAACCUGCAUCACCGCCGGCGGCGGCGACACCACAGUGACCACCGAGAAAAGCAACACGAGCUCCACAUCGAAGGCCUGAAAAAUGCUCGGAAUACCAUAACAAUUGUGUCUGUUCUAAUAGCCACCGUGACAUUCGCCGCCGGUGUCAACCCUCCCGGCGGCGUUCACCAAGGUGAAGAAGGACCACUGAUUGGUAAGUACGCGGUCGGAAAGAAAACUGCUUUUAAGGUGUUUGUGGUGUGCAACAACGUGGCAUUGUUCUCUUCACUGGGAAUAGUGAUCGUCUUGGUAAGUGUCAUUCCUUUUCGAAGGAAAUCGAUGAUGAAUCUUCUGGUGGCCACACACAAGGUAAUGUGGGUUUCGGUGUCAUUCAUGGCGGCAGCCUACAUAGCAGCUAUGUGGGUGGAGACACCAAAUGGUAAGGGAACGAGGUGGCUUCUAGUGGCUUUACUAUCGAUUGGAGGAGGGUGUGUGAUGUCCAUAUUUGUGGGACUUAUGGUUACAUUAACAAGGCAUUGGUUGAGGAAGGUGGAAUGGAGGAAGGAGAGAGAGAGGAGGAGGAAGGAGAGCCCUAAUAGUAGCUUAAGUCGGGUAGAAGAGGAGUUGAGUUACUUCAGUAGGAAAGGUACCUAUUACUCCAGUAACUCUGACAUUGAGAGCUCGGAGAAGGAAGGUAUACACCCAUUUUAA